UGUGGCCCUUCUGAACUGAAAAGAAAAAGUGAAAAUAUGUAUUAACUCGUAGUUUUUACUGAAGUGAGGGAGAGAGGAGAGAUGGCGGUUGUGGGUUCAGUUCACGGUGGUUACCUCCCCUCCAAAUUACAAACCCUACCGCCGGUUAAAAUAUUCAACAACCAACAAAGAUCAAUCCAUCAGCGCCGGCCGCCAACGCCUCCAAUUUUCAUAUCCACGAAUUUGUCACACGUAAACCCAAUUCACUUACGAGACCUUUAUAGCUCCUGCAACCAUUCCUGCCACCGUUUCCCCAAUAUCUUUCCCGAUGGACGAGUAGAGCCCGUCGACGUCGCCAAACUCCGAAUCGCCCUCAUCCACAGCUCCGUCGUUGUUUCCGUCUUCGCCAGACCAGAAACUGUCACCUCAUUACCGGAAAAUUUGAAUACUGGGGAUGAUUGGUACCGGAAAAUGAUUCCGUUGACGCCAUUUAGCGGACAAUUGGUGGGAUUUGGGCGAGCUGUUUCUGAUAAUGGAUUGACUGCUUCAAUCUAUGAUGUCAUGGUAAUCCCCUCGUUACAAGGUCGAGGAAUUGGGCGUAUGAUUCUUCAGAGAGUUAUAAGAUUGCUUACAAAUAAAGGGAUAUAUGACAUAGCAGCUGUGUGUUCUGAUGAAGAAAUGGAUUUCUUCAAGGCAUGUGGAUUUGGAGAUGACAUAUUGGGAUCAACAACAAUGAUGUAUAGCAGGAGUGGCAAUGAUCAUGAUAUGGUUAAAAUUGCUGGUAGGAAAUUACUCAUGGUUCCACCACUUAGAAAACCCUGAAAUAUCCACUCAGUUACAAAGAAAAAGAAACCAUUAAAAAGGUUGUGUUAUUGAGUAAAAUGUAUCAUUGAAUUUAUAAGGAAUACCAAUGGGGCAUGCCUUGUUGGGAUCUUGUUUUUUCAUGAGAUAGAUUUGAAGAUGAUUUUAA